UGACACUCUACUAUAACUUAUUAUACUACACAAUAUUAUAACUAAGACUGAUCAACUGUUAUAAUAAAAUGCCGUAUAAUGCAACGGAGUAUAUGAGACCUUCUGAGAUAUACUACACUCAAGAUAGUAUAGGAGUAAGGUUCACUGAUGGGAAUCUCCUAAGUGAUGUUUACUACAGCAUAAUUGAAGGCAAUCUUAAUCCAAAUGAGGACAUUCCACCUUUGACUGUUGUCUAUCAUGAUGGUAAACCAUUUGCACUGGGAUGCAGGCGUUUGUAUAUAUACAAAAAACUUGAGGAGCUCGAUGUUAUUCGUAAAGUUAUCGUUGAAAUAAGCACCCCACAGAGAGAAAGUCAUAGAUUCCAAAAAUUGCUGACUACACAAAAUGGCGGGACUUCGAUCGAGCUGAGAGGGCGUUUCAGAGAAAGACGUGCACACGUUUAUCCAUGGGAGUUCUACAAAAACAGAUAUCACUAUGAAAAUUGGACUAAAAGUGAGAAGUUCAAGGCUAAAGACAGAAGACGUGCUAGAUCAGAUUCUGGACCAAGAAAUCAACGUGAUCAACAGAGCAGAGCACAAUCAGCUACAAGAAUGAACAACAGACAACCUAUACAGAAUACAAGACCAGUUUACGAUCAAACUGACCAACAGAGAUCAAGACCAGUUACGCGAAAGAUACCAGGGACAACUAUAUAUGAUUAUGAACAACCCACAGUGUAUACUACCCCAAGCAUACCAUCGUAUAAUACUACACCAUGGAUAACAUCAUCUGCCACUGGUAACCAUACAUCAAAUGCUACACAAAAUGCAUAUAUAACUGAGAGCUUUAGUUCAUUUAUCAAUAUAAAUAGGAUAAGACAAGAUAACCCACCAAAUUCUGGAAGUGACGCAUACGCAAAACAAAAGAAGAAAUCGAAAUCAUGCCCUGGGUGUACAAUACUUUAGAAUUUGUACUUGCUGACAAAGUCAAUAUUUCAAUAUGUGGCAAAAACCUAAUAAACUACAUGCUAAGGAGAGGCUUGAGGGUAAAUGUCCAAAGUAUGUAAGUUUUAUAUUUAAGCAAGGCACUAACAUGUGCAAUGUCAUCACCUGCCAUUUGUUACAGAUGCUGACUACCAUAAACAACCAAACACCAUCCACAAUAAAG